CUUCUUUCCUACCAGCCUCCACACUUCACACUUCUUUACACAUUCCUUCACGGCCACCCAACUUCGUUGUUGAAGCCCAAAUAACUCCGCCUCGGUUAUGGAUCUCUUUACUUCGAUCUCCCCACGAAAUACUACAAGGCUAUACUACGUCUAUGUGUUAUACGGUAUCCGCAAAUCUUUCUUGAAUAUUCUUCUUAAGAUACUCUCUUCGAUUGUGCAAGUCAAAUAGCUUUUCGGUUAUGACUGCUUUUACACGUGGCGUAACUCGUGUCAUUGGUAUAGUAGUAAUGAUCCAUGAGGCUCUAACCAGCUCGUAUUUUAUUCGCUUUCAUAGUAUGGCAUUACUACAUAUGCGCAAUACACGAUACGAUAUAGAGAGUAUCGUAGAAUACUUGGUUAUAAGGAAACCAGCAAUGGCCAAGAAUACAAACUCGUGUUACCCAAGUCACGAAUAUAGCUCGGGCUUGGUAAAUAUCAUCCAUAAAGCCUCAUCUUAACUAUUACACUCAUUCAUUGGUCGCUCGCGUUGCGCGAAACCCCUCACAAAUUAUAUCUCGAUCUAGGCGGCAUGUCUGUCAGCUGUGCAGAUCAGUGUAACUACCUCCUAAGCAUUAGGUACACUACAACACACGCUGCUCCGAUGAAAUGUCUAUUGCGGAGGAACAGUCCGAAGAGGUCGGCGCCAUGCAUCAAUCAUGAACUACUGACCCCUUUCCAACCCAUUCACUUCAAGUCCCAUGAUAGUAAUCACCUGCCAUGAGAGCAGGAUGAUAAGACUCCUUUGAUGAGGAUGUUCCUCUCGCAUCGUACCGGCGCCCGUUAUCUCAG